CGAUCUUCGAUGGUGAUACGACGUCUUACUUCAAGCGCUCCGCAGGGGGAAAUUUGUUUUUCCAAGCAGGUUACUCUGGCUGGGUCUGCGGCUGGGUCUGCGGCUCUGCGGGGUGGAGGGGAGGGGAGGGGCACUCGGACGGCAACAGUCCGUACACACACACGGGCUGAACGCUGUGAGGAGCCUCCGCGCUGAGCUGAAGACAAGACAGGAGGAGGAGCAGAGCUGUGGGCUGUGCUACCACAAUGCUUCCCGGCACACAACAGAGACGCAACACAACAGACAAGCGAGCCAGCCAUUGAAGAAUGGGGGAAGCGCAGUCCGGCUCCUGUAAUGAUUUUGUAGAAGACUGUAUUUUCUGUACGAUCGCGAGCAACCAAGAUAAAUACACGACCAUCAUUAAACAGAAUGAUGAGCUGGCCUGCUUCAGGGACAUCUGCCCCGCCGCCCCACACCACUACCUGGUCAUCCCCAAACAGCACAUCAUCAGCUGCCGCUCCCUCCAGAGCACGCACGUCGGCCUCGUUGAAAGGAUGGCUGGUAUGGGGAGAGUUGUGCUCCAUGAUCGUGGCAUCACCGAUAUGAGUGACAUAAGGCUGGGCUUCCACCGACCCCCCUACACCUCAGUAGAUCACCUCCACCUCCAUGUGCUCGCCCCUGCCAGCAAGAUCUCUCACUUUAUGUUGCAUAAGUUCACUCCAGGCACAGACAGAUUUGUUAAUGAAGACCACCUGCGCAGGUGUCUCUUGAAAGCCGCUCCCAAAACCUCAAUCAGACAGAUCCAAGACUGCCUGCUCUGUGACAUAGCCAGUGAGCAGACGGACAAGGAAAUCCUGCUGAGUAAUAAUGAGCUGGUGUGUUUUCAUGACGCCAACCCUGGCUGCACACAUCAUUAUCUGGUUGUUCCCAGAAUGCACGUCGGCAACUGCAAAACACUCCAAAAGGAACACAUACCUCUAGUGGAACAGAUGCAGGAAAUGGGAAGGAGCUUAUUAGAGAAGAAGAAAGUCAGCGACCUGGAUGACAUCAGGAUGGGCUUUCAUCUGCCUCCGUACUCUUCCGUUGCCCACCUGCAUCUCCACGUUCUGGCUCCAGCCAGUCAGAUGAGCUCCAGGUCGCUCACUCGCUACGGCCCUCACUCCUAUUGGUUCAUCACAGUAGACAAAGUGCUGCAUCAGUUAAAGAUUCACGGCCAAGUCAAGUGAAGACUUUUGUCUAUGUCACAAGCUCCAGGAGUCUACUGAGAAUCUACUGUAAAUCAAAUGGAAAUUCUGAAGAAUUGAAGUGUUUCUUUAAUGGUCAUCAAUCAAAUGUAAUGAUUCACCACUGACACGAUGACAUGUACUGAUGUAAGUUAUUGAAAAUUUAUCUAUGUACACAUUAAAAAGCUUAUUUCAGAUGUAUUACUGUAAUAGUCAAGAGGUACAAGGACUACGUUACCCAUGAUCCUCCACUCUACCCAACUCAGUGCAUCAGCACAUAUGGAUUGUUUUUCAGUACUUCUCAGAUCUCUCAUUCACACAGUGCCUUGUGUGAGUUUAUCACAAUGUGUGUUUAAGUUUGUUUACUGUGUUCGGCACUUUGAAUGUCACAAAGUUGGACUGGAUGCCUCAUUCUAAUUUCAUCUGAUAUUAGUGCAUCCUAGUUGCGGAUCUGUAAAUCACACGAUGAUUUAAACGUUUUCAAGUGAUUGGAAACAGAGUAUAACGAGUUGACAGUAUAUUUGUUUGAGAAUAGUUUGUAAUAGCAGGCCUAAUUGAUAGCCUUUGUCUUGUUUUCUGGAUAGAUGGAUGGAUAGAGAGAC